AUGACAACCGCACCGAUGAAAUCUCUUCAAGAGCAUUCAUUAAUUAUACAGCGCGAUAGCACGAUUCUACAGAUUAAUGACCAUUCAGUGGACAAAAUUCUUUCAGGAAUCAAAUUAGGCAGAGAACAAAAAUGUAAAUUAUACAAAUGGUCAGUUUUGUCGCAAGCAAUGAUUGCUCAAACUCAAAUCUUUGAACAAACUCGUAUGUUUGAUAACACAUCAGUCGCUAUUUCCGAUGUUCUGAUUGAUAUGAAAAGAGCAUACCAAAAUCAAAAUCAGAAUCGUUCCUUCGCACAAUGCUUUCUGAUUGAGGAUUGUAGCGAAUGCAAGAUUAUAACAGCUGCACUGGAUAGUACUAAUUCACUAGAGCAGAUCAAGUGUUGCAAAAAUGCAGUGGAUGUAUUAGUGUAUUGUGUUGAAAUGGCCUGCAACUUUGAAAAUCACUGA